UUCAUUAAACGUCUUACUUCCACAGUUAACAGUGUUAACAGCGUUCAAACGUUUUUUUUUUUUAAGAAAAAAAAAAUCAAUACCUUUUUACCCACCCUCCCCAUCUCGGCUGGAAGAAAAUCAAUAGUGUUUUGAUUUUCUUUUCUUUUUCCGUCUUCUCAAAGUACGAAACCUCAAUUUAAUUUGCCAUUCGAAGUGUGGUGUUAACAUAAAUUAAGGGGCAUUUUCUAUAUGUUUGAGAGUGUUUGUGUGCUUCAACAACAUUUUAAAAUCUUUGAUUACCACAAUACCUUGUGAAAAUCAAGAAGAAAAAAUAAAAAAAAAAUAUCUAAAAAAGUAUUCAAGAAAUCAAGCCACAUAAAAGUGUUUAAAAAUAUAAUUUAUUUAAAUUGUUGAAAGAAAAAUUUCAAUUUAAAAAUAUAACAGCCCCCUUCCAAAAAAAUUACAAUUAUUUGUAAUUUAAGUGUUAAAUAAUAACCCAGAAAAAAAGAAAGAAAAAUCAAAUACAAAUCUAAUUACACUUGAUUACCAACAAGUCAACUUUACCAAACUCAAACUUCAUCACCCAGCCAACCAGCCAGCCAGCAGGCCAGCCAGUCAGUCAAAUAAAAAAGAAGAAAGAAACCAACACACAAUCAUCAAUAUGAAAUUUUUAAUGGUUGCCCUCGCCUUCUGCGCCACAUUGGCUUUGGUAGCUGGCCAAAACUACCUUUUCGGCCCCCGACAUUUCGAUUACAAUUCCAUUGAUGUGCCACAAGCCACCGGUGCCAGCGGUCGGGACCCCAGACAAAACAGAGGACCCGUCGUCUUCCCCCCAUCUCCCCCAGACGCAAUUGAUGAGUCGAGCGGUGUUAUUGUUGGUGCUUCCGGUUAUGGUUUUGUGCCACCACAACAAAGUCCCUUGUAUUACACCACCUCGGCGCUGAGAUCACCGAGUGCCACAUCGUAUGCCUCAUUUAAUUACUACAACAUUCCGUAUUAUCAGCGAUUAAAUUUUGUUUAAUGCUGCUAAACUGCAAUGGAUCUGAAGCUUUCUUAGCCAACGAGACCUCUCAGCAACAACAACAUCAACAACAGACAACAACAAAAAUUACACCAGCCAAACUACCAACCAACCAGACAGCCAACAAAAUAACCAGACGCCAGAGCACCACUAAUGCCAACACCAUCCUCAUCAGCAUCUGCCGCAGCAGCGUCGGCAUUAUCAACGUUUUAGCAACAAAGCCAAGAGUAUUAACAGCAUCAGCAGCAGCACCUCCGACCGAACAAAACAACAGCCACUCUGGUUCCAUCACCUUAAGUGUCUAUCAUUUCCUUAAGUGGACGUUUUUGGGUAAUGUAUUCCAACAUCUAGGGUGCAUUCGGUAGAUAUUGGAUUGGGUUAUAUUUAAUUUUUUUAAAAUCUACACCAUAAGAAGUAGGAUAUAUUAAUUCGAUCCCCAGGAUGUAUUUAUUAAACCUCUCAUCAAUACAACGGCCUCUUUGGACAAAAUUUGUUUUGAAGAACUUUUGAAGACGAUCUAACGAUGUUCGUCAAAAUUCUGACUGAUGAGUGCGAUAUCCUGCACAUUGUAAUAUUUGUAUAAAACAUAGAUUGAGUUAUCAGUUCAGAUCGACAAUAUCAGUUCAGUCCUUAUAAGUACCUUCCCCACAAAAGGUCAAAAGUUGAAGAGAAAAAAUUAAUAAAAAAAAGAAGUAUCCGAAUUAUAAAAACAAGCAUUACGUCAGAUGAGCAAAUGGAAGAAAUCAAGGUGCCCUGACAUGAGCCCCAGUGUUCCCAUUUUUGGUCGUAACUCCCAUAAUAAACUGGCGACUAUGUCCGCCUACAAAACGGACAUUAUUGCCAUGGGAGUAUGACUGUUUGCACGGGGGAUUAUGUCCGAAAAUUUUUCGGAAAUGAAACAAAGCUUAUAUUGAGUUAAGGGGCUAUGCACAGAUUGAUCUGAACAUUUUUUCGCAGGUAGGUAUUUUUUAACCGAUAGUAAUUUUCUUGUAGAAGAAAUAUACUGUUACCCGGCUAUUCGACCCGAAAGUUCAGAUACAAAUUUUCUUAUCCAGUUCUACAAAACUGAUAAAUCAUUUGAUUGAACCGGUUCCGGAGCAAUACAAGAAAAUUGGUAUUUUUAUACCGGAACUUUUUGAAAAACCGCUAAAAUCUCGAAAAUGGACCCAUUAUGCGGUAAAAAAUUCCACAUACUACAUUCUUGCCUUUCCAAAAUGGUGCCACACGUGUUGAUGUAUCUAUAUAUAGUUCCGAAGACAUUGACUUUGAAAUCGAAGGCCGGCUACUUACAAAGGUUUGGAAAAACCGGGUGGGAAAUGUUCCAGAGUAGAAAAUCUCAAGCCCUACUUAAAAAAGCUAUAAAGGUCAGAUAUAUAUUAGUUAUAAAAUACAUACAGGGUGAGAUAAAAAAAAAACAAACUCAAACGCCAUAAUUUUUAAUUUGUUUUUUUGAAAUUUUAUUGAAUGAAAGCAAAAAAUUUCGAAAAUAGCAUCAAAUUUUAGAAUAAAUUUAAAUUUGUUCGAAUUGGUCACAUUUGGUAACCUUGAAUUAUGGCCUUCAAACGGCCAAUGAAACCGUCACACGCUGCCCCGAUGUUGCUCUGCGGUAUUUUGGUC